UUACUAUUGCAGUAUCGAUGCCAUCAUAUGUUUUAAGUACUCAGUGGCGGUGUUUUUCGUGUAAACAAUAUUUAUUUGUAAAAAUUAUUUACAAUGGCUUCAAACAACAUGCCCGAGGAAAAUUUUGAAGGCGGCGAUUUUAACUUUGAUGACGAUGCGGAGGAUGACCAGUUUGUGGCCACCAAUUCAGGGCGAAAGCGUCUAUUUAGCAAGGAGUUGCGUUGCAUGAUGUUCGGAUUUGGCGAUGACAAAAAUCCCUACACGGAAACCGUGGAUUUGCUGGAGGAUCUGGUCAUAGAAUAUAUUGCCGAGACAACCCACCGAGCAAUGGAAAUCGGUCGAACAGGUCGCGUGCAAGUGGAAGACAUUAUCUUUUUGGUGCGCAAGGAUGCUCGCAAAUACGCCAGAGUUAAGGACCUGCUCACAAUGAACGAGGAGCUUAAAAAGGCGCGCAAGGCCUUCGAUGAGAUUAAAUAUGUGGGCACCGAGGGCAAGCUCAAAUGACAACGGCCCAAAAAAGCCCCGCAAAAUCCAGGAACGAGCCAAUCCUAGCAGUAAGAUCUACAACACAAAUUAUCGUCUAUGUUUAAUACUCUAAGCUAGCCCAAAAUAAACUAAUCAAAAUAGUCUUCAA